GUCACCAACCCUACAAAUCCCCCUCCCCUCUCGCACCUUCAAAAUUCAUUCCUAAAAUCUUUUGAUUUUGAGAUUGAGUACUUGUUUGUGACGCAGAAAAACAGAGAAAGAUAGUCAUAGCAGCAUUCUGCAAUUAACAUGACCAUCACAAACUCUUUUCUUCAUAUCAUCUUCGUGUGCUUCAUGAUGCCCCUUUUUGUAUUUAGUGAUGAGGGAAUGCAUUCAGGAUCUUCAGCACAUAUUUUGAAUUCUUUCCGUGAAGACAGAAACGGGUCCAUAACAGUGUCAGUGAAAGCAGAACAUGCAUAUUCUGCCUCUAGAAAAAUUUGGUUGCAUGGUUCUUGCACAAGCAAAGACAUAAGCAUCUCACAAAGCAAAAGUUCUACAUCAGGAAUACCACAGUUCAUUGUGCAAAUUGUUAACACCUGUGUUUCUGGAUGUGCUCCUUUUGACAUCCACCUCCACUGUGGCUGGUUUGCUUCUGCAAGAAUAGUGAACCCCAGAUUGUUCAAGAGGCUCUCAUAUGAUGAUUGCUUGGUGAAUAGAGGGAACCCUUUAGCCUCUACUCAGAUCAUCAGAUUCACAUAUUCCAAUUCCUUCAUGUACCCUCUUGCUUUUAAGAGUGCCAAAUUUUGCUGAGUCCAAAAUAUAUGUUUAAAAGUAGAAUGAGAAAGCAUAGACUUCCAAAAAUGAUAACACCACCUUGUUGAUAUUAA